CUUAGAGACUACGGCUAUUUGACAAUAGCGUUAAACUAAAUAAACCACCAAACCCUCUCCCUGCUUAAUGAAAACAGUGACUGAAUAACGUUACUAGCUUAAUCUAACCGAAGAUACGGCUGAAACAGAUGUCACAGUUGACGGUUAACGCCAGGAUGUAAAUACCAGUGUUGUCCGACGAGGAAAGUGGGUUUGCAUGGGUGACAUAUGAGAGCUGAAGUUGACAAAUACUCGGGGUUUUCCGUGAUUCCGACAAGACACGAAGUUCAAGCUCGUCCCACCACUGUCCAGUAACUGCACUUGAGCUCCGCCAUUGGUUCCAACCGUCCAGCAGUCCAUCCGCCGGGGAUGGGAGGCGGGGACUAGCUGUUGAAUGACGGCCGUAGCUCCGUUGACACUUACGAGCAAAGACAGCUUCUGGGACCCGCGCGGGCCUACCAAUUUAACAUUUACACCAAGGUAUCAGUUGGAAGAGGAGGAGCGCCUGAGCGUUUAGGCCUGUUUUGUCACCAGGAGAUGUUGCGGACCGUGUGCGGACUCAGUGACAGGACGACACGGUGUCGAGGCUGAGCGGACGUUUUCACAGGUUGAUGAUCCGUUUUUGGCACCGAGCAGACAGCAAAAGUGAAUAGGCUAAAUGGUUUUAGUCUCUUUAGGCUGUUCGUAGACGCAUGAGCUUACAUUUAAAUGCGAAAUAGGCGGUGCCUGGUGUUUCCUGGAAAAACACAGAUCUCAGACUAGAAUGACACAUUUAACGUGUGCAGGUUGGGGUUUAUUCGCUGAAGUUGACACUCAGACUGGGGCCACGCCAAGCGGGGUGUAGGGGGCUUGUCUUCUCAGUUAGUGACCGUCUGUCUUGCACAUUUUGACAGAUAGCCAAUUAAAUCUUUGCUCCAAAUUGGUCGUCUUAUGUCAGUGACCCAUAUCUCAUGCAUGUGCGCCAAGAGUCCACAAUAACCUCUCCAUCAGACCAGGCAACAUGGGGAUCAACGGGUUAGACAAUCAAGCGCAGCCGUCCAGCGGAGAGUCCCGUACGGAGCAGCCAGCUGCAGAUCCUCAGAUAGAGCAAAGAGAUGCUCCCCAAGAAGCAGACAGGACCAAGGAUGGUGAGACGGCUGGCAGCGAGUGUAAAAUCGUGCAGGAGGACAGCACGGUGCAGCCCGAGGCCGGGUACAAGCCGCCACUCUCCCCGGCUUCUGAAUCCGAGGCAGGGGUCCAGGUGGAGAUGAACGGAUUCGUCCCACCCGAGGGGGGUUACGGCUGGCUGGUGGUUUUUGCGGCCACCUGGUGCAAUGGGUCGAUCUUCGGGAUCCAAAACUCUUUCGGCAUCCUGCAUAUGAUGCUGGUGAAGGAGCACGCAAACCCAGACGACAAGACGUCUCAGUUCAAAGUGGCCUGGGUCGGGGCACUGGCCAUGGGCAUGAUCUUCUUCUGUUCACCUGUGGUCAGCAUGUUCACAGACCGCUUCGGCUGUAGAAAGACAGCUGUCAGUGGGGCAGCCCUGGCUUUUAUAGGGCUGCUCAGUACAUCCUUUGCAAACUCCCUGAGCCUUCGCUAUUUCACAUACGGCAUACUGUUCGGCUGUGGCUCCUCUUUUGCCUUCCAGCCCUCGUUGGUCAUCUUAGGCCACUACUUCCGCCAGCGCCUGGGCCUGGCCAACGGUGUGGUGACGGCCGGUGCUAGCCUCUUCUCCAUGGGCCUCCCUGUUUUCCUCAACAAGGUGGUGGAACCUCUAGGCCUCAGCAGGACCUUCCAGAUCCUCAGCCUCUUCAUGCUGGUCCAGGCCCUGUUGGCGCUAUUGUUCAAACCUUUACUGCCUGCUGGAGGAGGCAUGGGACCCCCAGGCAUGGGUCUUGGCCCUGCCAACCCCCAGACCCAGCCAGGGGCCACUGCUCAGGGGGGGAGCAGGUGGAGCAGGGUCAUGGGUGGCGUCAGGAAGUACUUCAACCUGCGCGUGUUUCACAUCGUGACAUACCGCGUGUGGGCAUUUGGAGUUGCCACAGCUGUACUGGGCUACUUUGUUCCGUAUGUCCAUCUGAUCAACUUUGUGAACGAGCAGUUCAAGGACACCCAGAAGGAGUGGGUGCUCCUGGUUUGCAUAGGAGCUUCAUCUGGCGUGGGACGCCUCGCCUUCGGCAAGAUCGGAGACCUCAUUCCCGGCCUUCAAAAGAUCUACAUGCAGGUGGUGUCCUUCAUGGCACUGGGCCUGAUGUCCAUGAUGAUUCCUCAGUGCUCUGUGUUCGAGGGGCUAGUGGUUGUGUGCGUGUUCCUGGGGCUGUGUGACGGCUGCUUCCUCACCAUGAUGGCACCCAUAGCGUUUGAGCUGGUUGGGCCCAUGCAGGCCUCACAGGCCAUAGGCUACCUUUUGGGCCUUAUGGCUCUUCCCAUGACAGCAGGUCCACCCAUUGCUGGUCUCCUACAUGAUUACUUUGGGAACUACACGGUGGCCUUCUCCCUGGCUGGGGUUCCUCCUAUGGUGGGGGGCGUGGUGCUCUUCUUUGUGCCCCUUAUACACCGCAGGCUACGGCGAGGCCAGGCGGCAGCGUCACCAGAGGAGACAACUGCCCACAUGCUGCCCACCGCGCAGCCAGCGGGGGAGCCCAAGAGCUGCUCCAAUGGAGACAUCCUGCCUGGCUAUACUGACGUAGAGACACACAUCUGAGUCUCACUGUACAAAGGGAUUCAGCCCACCAGCACCUUUUCUCAUCCUUAGACCCCCCCCCCCCC